ACAAGGGCGUCUAACAACCCGACCCAAAAACACCUGGUUCAGCCCGAUCCAAAUUGCAAGUCAAUAUUACACCCCGAGCCUUUAUUAAAACCCUAAACCCUCGUAAGCAGCAAUAUCUAUUGUUCACCUUCAAAUGCUCUUUCCCUCACUCUCACUUUUUUAGGGUUUUUUUCUCUCUCUCUUUCUUGCGGCCAACAAUGGCUCUGUUUCUUCUCUUCGAAGCCGCUAAUGGUUACGCCUUGUUCGAAGCUCACGGUAUUGACGAGAUCGGUCAGAACACCGAAGCUGUUAGGAACUCCGUUACGGAUUUGAAUAGGUUCGGUAAAGUUGUUAAGCUUCGCUCUUUCAACCCUUUCACCUCUGCUCUUGAUGCACUCGAACAAGUUAACGCCGUCACCGAAGGUGUUAUGACUGACGAGCUAAGGACUGUUUUGGAGACUAACUUACCUAAAGUGAAGGAAGGUAAAAAGCCAAAGUUCUCAUUAGGUGUAGCUGAAUCUAAGCUUGGUUCACAGAUCCAUGACGUGACUAAAAUUCCAUGCCAAUGUAACGAGUUUGUGGGCGAACUUCUUCGUGGUGUCAGGCAACAUUUUGUUGAUUCUGUUGGUGAUCUCAAGCCAGGAGAUUUGAUAAAAGCACAACUUGGUCUGAGCCACAGUUACAGCAGAGCAAAGGUGAAAUUCAAUGUUAAUCGGGUUGACAAUAUGGUCAUUCAAGCAAUCUUUCUUCUUGAUACUCUUGAUAAGGAUAUCAAUUCAUUCUCCAUGAGAGUCAGAGAGUGGUAUUCGUGGCAUUUUCCUGAACUGGUGAAAAUUGUAAAUGAUAAUUAUCUGUAUUGCAAAGUGGCAAAAUUUAUUGAGGACAAAUCAAAGUUGUCUGAAGACAAGCUUGAAGGCUUAACUGACCAAGUUGGAGAUGAAGAUAAAGCAAAGGAGAUUAUUGAAGCUGCCAAAGCCUCCAUGGGACAGGAUUUGUCCCCUGUUGACUUGAUCAAUGUUCAUAUGUUUGCACAGAGGGUGAUGGACCUAUCUGAUUACAGAAGAAGAUUGUAUGAUUACCUGACCACUAAAAUGAAUGACAUUGCACCAAAUUUGGCUUCUUUAAUUGGUGAAGUUGUUGGUGCACGUUUAAUUUCCCAUGCUGGUAGCCUCACAAAUUUAGCCAAGUGCCCCUCUUCAACUCUUCAGAUUCUUGGUGCAGAAAAGGCUUUGUUCAGGGCAUUAAAAACAAGAGGAAACACUCCCAAAUAUGGUCUGAUAUUCCACUCUUCUUUUAUUGGUCGAGCUUCUGCCAAAAAUAAGGGCCGAAUGGCUCGCUAUCUUGCAAACAAGUGCUCAAUUGCAUCACGGAUAGACUGCUUUUCUGAAAACGGUAGUACGAUAUUUGGGGAGAAACUCCGUGAGCAAGUUGAGGAGCGACUUGACUUUUAUGAUAAGGGAGUUGCCCCUCGCAAGAACAUAGAUGUCAUGAAAUCUGCUAUUGAAAUUGCUGAUAACAAAGAUACAGAAAUGGAAACAGAAGAAGCUUCAGCCAAGAAAUCCAAGAAGAAGAAGCAAAAAGCCACAGAUGAGGAUGACAUGGCUGUAGAUAAUGCUGCAGAAGUUACAAAUGGUGAUGCAACGGAGGAUCAUAAAUCAGAAAAGAAGAAAAAGAAGAAAGAAAAGAGAAAAGUAGACCUAGAGGUUGAAACCCAGGAUCCUUCUGUAGAUGAAGGUGCCAAUGGGGAUUCAAGUAAGAAGAAGAAAAAGAAAUCCAAAAGGAUGGAUGUCGAUUAAACUACUAUGAUUGUUGUUUUACUUGUUGUAGUUGAUAUGUUGCAGUUUUGGAUAAUGUUACAUUAUAGUUUGCUUGGAACUUCUAACAGUUACUGCACAUGUCUUGACAAUUGUUGAUUGCUUUUGUUUUAUUUAUUUAGCCUACAAAUUUUGUCCUACUAUGUUUACUGCAUUAUUUUUGUAUUUGAAAAGUUUUUAGAAAACUUUUCUUCA